GAUCAUGCCCAGAGGUCUGAAAUCUCCCAUGGUCAUUUCUUUGGAGGGAUUCCUCUUCUGGUGAGGGAUCCUUAUCACCACCAGCAAAUCUGCUCAGUUUUAGGUGCUGCAAGAGGAAACACUGUGACUCCAGGCCUCUGCCAUCAGGCUCCACUCUGCUUCACAAUGGCCUCCCUUGCUGCAGCAAAUGCAGAAUUUGGCUUCAACCUGCUCAGAGAGAUGGAUAACAGUCAAGGGAAUGAAAAUGUAUUCUUGUCCUUUCUGAGUAUCUUCACUGCCCUGAGUCUUGUCCGCUUGGGUGCUCGAGGUGACUGUGCAAAUCAAAUUGAUAAGACGCUGUACUUCAAUACCACCUCGGGACACAGAAACUCUUCUAAUAAUCAGCCAACACUUCAGUUUCAACUGAAAAAAGUUCUGUCUGAUAUAAAUGCAUCCCACAAGGAUUAUGAGCUCAGCGUUGCCAAUGGUCUUUUUGUAGAAAAAGAGUUUGACAUUAAUAAGAAGUAUAUUGAGUGUGCUGAAAAAUUGUACGAGGCCAAAGUGGACCGAGUUGAUUUUACAAAUGAUAUAGAAGAUACUACAUAUAGAAUUAAUAAGUGGAUUAAAAAUGUGACACAUGGCAAAAUAAAAAAGGUGUUUAGUGAUAGUAGCAUUAGCUCAUCGGCUGUCAUGGUGCUGGUGAAUGCCGUAUACUUCAAAGGCAAAUGGAAAUCAGCUUUCACCCAAAGUGAAACUAUAAAGUGCCGUUUCAAAUCACCCAAGUGUUCUAAGCAAGCUGUUCCCAUGAUGCACCAAGAACGGAGGUUCAAUCUGACCACAAUUCAGGAUCCUUCCAUGCAGGUGCUUCAGCUCAGAUAUCAUGGUGGCAUAAGCAUGUACGUUCUGUUGCCUGAAAGAGACCUGUCCCAAAUUGAAAAAAGCCUGACAUUUAGGAAUCUAAUGAAAUGGACCAAUCCAAGAAAAAUGAACUCUCAAUUUGUGGAGGUGUUUCUUCCUAAGUUCAAGAUAGAGAAGAAUUAUGAAAUGAAACACCAUUUGGAAGCCCUAGGGCUGAAAGAUAUCUUUGAUGAGUCCAGAGCUGAUCUCUCUGGAAUAGCUUCUGGAGGUCGUCUCUAUAUAUCAAAGCUAAUGCACAAAUCGUAUAUAGAGGUCACAGAGGAGGGCACCCAGGCAACUGCAGCCACUGAAAGUAACAUUGUAGAAAAGCAUCUUCCUGAGUCCACAGUAUUUAAAGCUGAUCACCCAUUCCUAUUUGUCAUCAGAAAGAAUGACAUUAUCUUAUUUAGUGGCAAAGUCUCUUGCCCUUGAAAAUCCAAUCAAUUUCUGUUACCAUAGUCCCUGCAGCAUUAAAGAAACAUCAGGAGUGAAUAUAUUUGUUUAAUUACAAUUAUAUGAUGUUUUCUUUGAGUUUAUUUCUUCCUAAUAUUGAUCAGCAGAUGAUACUGGUGACUUGAUCCUUCUUAGACAUCUGGAUCAUGACCUUGAUUCCUAUUCUUAGCAUUUCUACUGGGUUUUCCUCCCUGGCCUUUAAUUUUAUUGAUUUUCUACCCACCCUCAUUUCUAGAAAUCUGAUUCAUGGCCCAGCUGGGAAUUAUGCAUUCUGGUUUACUGGCAAUGAGAAUGCAGAAGCAGCCUAAGAAUCUUUUUUUUGUUUUGAAACUCUGCAGUUAUCACAGAUAUUCUAGCCUCACCCUAAAUGAUUUAGGAAGUAAGCCUAGCUGCUUCUGAGAAAUAAAUAUGAAGAACUUCUUUUCUUUGCUGAUCUGAAGAAGACAUUAGAGUUUACUCAUUUGAUUCUAAGUCAGUAUAAAAUCUAGAUGCUGAAAAAAUAUGAAAUUGAGUUUGGGCACCACAAAAAAUGUCAUUAAUAAUUUCAAAUUGACAUCUUUUGGGCUUCCUUUGAUAAGAAUUAAUAUGUACAUAGUUUUUCAAAUAUUAAGUACUUCCAACUGUUUGCAGUUGUUAUUUACAGCAUAUUAUUUAAUAUGCUGUGAAGUUUACAGGUUUUCCCUAUUUAUCAUAAUAAAAAAUACAUGUCUGUACAGUGUGAUUGUUUUCCUCUGAUCAACUGUGAGACUACCAAUUUUUUCUCUAUUUUCUAGACCACAUAAGCAAACAAUGAAGAAAAGAAUGCUUUUGUAGAAUAAAUCUGAUUUGGUUCAAU